AUGAAGUUCUCUCUCUUUGCUCUUGCUACCCUUGCCUUGUCCGCUGUUGUUUCUGCUGGUGCUGAUGUCUCUUGUGCUGAAAAACAUGCUGCUUCCAAGGGCCAAUCAUGCGCUGUAUUUUCGUCUAAGUAUCACAUCACCGUCAAGCAGCUCCAGACAUUGAACUCUGGUCUCGGUAGCAACGGAAAGGACUGCAAGAAUCUUAUUCCUGGAAAGUCUUACUGCACCAAGGCCACUUCUCCCAAGGUUGAUUCCCCCAACAAGUCUACUCCAAAGAAAUCUGACGGUGACAAAAAGUCUAAUGAUGACAAGAACAAGGAGACCAUUUCAAAGUCUUCUGAGAACGAGGCUAAGCAGUCGACUGUAAACACCAACGGUGCCUCCCACAUUGCCGCUCGUGCUAUUGCCGAGUGCAAGAAGUAUCACGUUGUCAAGGCUGGUGACACCUGCGAGACCAUUGCUAAGCAGUACAGCAUUCCUGAGGCUCAGUUUACCGAGUUGAACAAAAAGGACAGCAAGGAUAGCGCUAUCCCUUGCACCAAACUCGUUUCUGGAAAGCGUUACUGCGUUGCCCAUUAA